AUGUCUGAAUCUGGGCACAGUCAGCCCGGGCUCUAUGGGCUAGAGCGGCGGCGACGGUGGAAGGAGCCUGGAUCUGGCGGCCCCCAGAAUCUCUCUGGGCCUGGUGGUCGGGAACGGGAAUACAUCGCACCGUGGGAGAGGGAAAGACGGGAUGGCAGCGAAGAGACAGGCAGCUCCAUCAUGCAGAAAACCCCCAUCAUCCUCUCCAAACCUCCGGCAGAGCGGUCAAAGCAGCCUCCCCCACCCACCCCGGUGCCUGCUCCCCCACCUGCCCCCACUCCUCUAGAGAAGCCCAUCGUCCUCAUGAAGCCCCGGGAGGAGGGCAAGGGGCCUGCGACCGGGACAGGCACCUCUACCCCCGAGGGCACUGCCCCACCGCCCCCUGCAGCCCCUACCCCGCCCAAGGGAGAGAAGGAAGGGCAGAGACCCACGCAGCCUGUGUACCAGAUCCAGAACCGGGGCAUGGGCACCGCUGCGCCUGCAGCCAUGGACCCGGUCGUGGGCCAGGCCAGACUGCUGCCCCCAGAGCGCAUGAAGCACAGCAUCAAGUUGGUGGAUGACCAGAUGAAUUGGUGUGACAGUGCCAUCGAGUACCUGUUGGAUCAGACCGAUGUGCUGGUGGUUGGUGUCCUGGGCCUCCAGGGGACGGGAAAGUCCAUGGUCAUGUCGCUGUUGUCAGCCAACACCCCAGAGGAGGACCAGAGGGCAUAUGUCUUCCGGGCCCAGAGUGCUGAAAUGAAGGAACGAGGGGGCAACCAGACCAGUGGCAUUGACUUCUUCAUUACGCAGGAACGGAUCGUUUUCCUAGACACACAGCCCAUCCUGAGCCCCUCCAUCUUGGACCAUCUCAUCAACAACGACCGCAAACUGCCUCCGGAGUACAACCUUCCCCACACCUACGUGGAGAUGCAGUCCUUGCAGAUUGCCGCCUUCCUCUUCACCGUGUGCCACGUGGUGAUUGUCGUCCAGGACUGGUUCACGGACCUCAGUCUGUACAGGUUCCUCCAGACGGCAGAGAUGGUGAAGCCCUCCACCCCAUCCCCCAGCCACGAGUCCAGCAGCUCCUCAGGCUCCGAGGAAGGCACCGAAUACUACCCCCACCUGGUCUUCCUGCAGAACAAGGCUCGCCGGGAGGACUUCUGUCCCCGGAAAUUACGGCAGAUGCACCUGAUGAUUGACCAGCUCAUGGCCCACUCCCACCUGCGCUACAAGGGUACUCUCUCUAUGCUACAGUGCAACAUCUUCCCAGGACUGCCCCCGGACUUCCUGGACUCCGAGGUUAACUUGUUCCUCAUGCCUUUCAUGGACAGCGAAGCAGAGAGUGAAACUCCCCCAAGAGCAGGACCUGGCUCCAGCCCGCUCUUCUCCCUGCUGCCUGGGUACCGUGGCCACCCCAGUUUCCAGUCCCUGGUGAGCAAGCUCCGGAGCCAGGUGAUGUCCAUGGCCCGGCCACAGCUGUCCCACACCAUCCUCACUGAGAAGAACUGGUUCCACUAUGCUGCUCGGAUCUGGGACGGGGUGAGGAAGUCCUCUGCACUGGCAGAGUACAGCCGCCUGCUGGCCUGA